UUGUAACAGAGCGACACGUAAGAUCGCGUCAACAAUUGGGUUUUAAUAUUAAACUCGCUGAUAUAAAAAUCUGGUUCUAAAAAUCCGACCAUUAAACAUCUCUAGUUUCUUGGCUACUUAACGGUUUUGACAAGCGUCAGCAUUUAAACUUAAGUUGGUGACCUUAUAUAAGUGGUCACUGCAUUAUUUCUCAUUAAAGAGUAUGGGAACCUUCGAGCCAGCGCUUGUGUUCGAAUUUUGAAAAAAUAUUUUCGAAAAUGCGAGAGCUGUUUUUAAUUUUAGCGUCUAGUUACGCUUCUUUGUGUUUAGUGAGUGCCACUUCUGUCCCAUUCAUUCACAAAUGUAAAGCUGAUGAUUCGAAAUGUAUCAAGCAGUCUACACAGGACGCCAUCCCAAUAUUUGCCAAGGGUCUGCCCGAGCUUGGCAUUGAAACAAUGGACCCGCUAUUUAUAAAGCACGUGGAUGCUUCUUCACCCAGUUUGAAGUUAAUCGCAAAUGGCCUGACUAUAACUGGCCUGAAAGACUGUGCCCCGAAAAAAAUACAACGAGAUACGGGGAAAUCGAAGCUAUUGGUCAAAAUUCAAUGCACAGCAAAAUUGGAAGGAAAUUACGAAAUGAAAGGAAGCUUACUUAUUUUACCCAUCGAGGGUAAGGGUAAAGUUCAUGCUACAAUAAGAAAAAUGCUGAUAAGCAUCGAUGGAGAACUGGGUGAAAAAGACAAAUCAGGGGAACAAUAUUGGUUUGUUAAAAACUGGAAGAGUAAUUUUGAACUAAAGGACAAAUCUGAUUUGGAAUUCGAAAACCUUUUCAAUGGAAAUGAAGUUUUAGGUCGCGCUGCUCGUGAGCUGAUACGUUCCAGCGCAAACGACAUAAUUUACGAAAUCGGGCCUCCAGUUGUCAACGCGAUCAUUGAGAAAAUAGUCGACAACAUCCGUCAGUUCUUCAGCAAAGUCCCCAUCAACGACCUUAGUUUAGACUACAUCUCAGUUGCAUCUUUUAAGUCAUUACAACCGUGUGCAACAUUUUUCAACAUAUCUUGCCCGUACAAGUAUCUUAAAGUGCCAGGAGCUGCUUCCUUCGGAUUUGUUGCUCCCAAACAAUUACGCCAUUUUGAAACAGCAUUCUUAGCAACUAACUCUAAACCUAUAACUUCACCACCAGUAAUAAUACGGAAAAUUUCAAUCAAAGAGCUAAAUCAAAAUAAGUUUGUAGCAAAAAAACCUGUACCAGUCGGGCAAGAUUUUAUUAAUAUAAACGGUAGGACGUUUAAAAAUGUUGAGGAUGAGAUAAUUGUGCCAGUCGAUCGGACACUGUUUACGAAUCACCAAGUUAUUGAAAUUAACAUGGCUGUAGGAUUAUUUUUGUUUUUUGUGACUUUGUUAGUGUAUUCUGUUCACACGGAAGUUCCAUUCAUAACAAAAUGCUUGUCGAGUGACACAACAUGUGUAAGACAGUCAGCACAAGCGGCUAUACCGUACCUCGCAGCAGGAAUACCAGAAUUGAAUGUACAGUCUCUGGACCCACUUCACAUAGACCGAGUUGAAUCACACAAUAACGAUUUAAGAUACACAAGUACUGAUGCCGUGAUAACAGGACUUAAAAACUGUGUUGUUGAAAAUAUUUUGCGUGAUCCAGCAAUUUCAAAAAUUGAAGUUGGUAUGGAGUGUGAUAUUCUAUAUAAAAGUAAAUACGAUGUGCAUGGCCAAAUACUGUUAGUACCAUUUGAAGGUACCGGAGACAUGACAGUUAAACUUAGGAAAAUAUACAUAAACGUUGAUUCGGUAGUAACUGUUAAACCUGACAAAUCUGGACAAAGACGGUGGUCAAUCAAGAGUUUCAAAUACAACUAUGAACUCAGAGGCAAAUCAGAGAUUGAACUCACACAUCUUUUCGAUGGAAAUGAAAUUCUUGGUCGUGCUGCCCGUGAUCUGCUCAAAUCAAGUGGCAAUGAGCUCGUCAUCGAAGUCGGCCCUCCGAUCAUCAAGGCUAUUGUUGACAAGAUCAUCAAAACCAUCAAUCAGUUUUACCAUUCAACGACUACGGAAGACUUGGCUUUGGAUUAAUAAUACUAUUUUACUUUAAUUAUGUCAAUAUUAGAUUAAAUAUGUAGAAUUAUAAACUUGGAAUACUUCUCAUGGGCGGUAAGCGACUCGUCAAUAUAUAAAUUUCAAUUUCUGCAUAAAGUUAUCCAGCUGAACGUGGCCCUUCAGUCAGUAGGCUGAUAAAAAAAUAAAAAAAAAUUUGAAUUUUGGUAUAAAAAAUGGCAAUUUUAUGCCAUUUUGUCAUACCAAAACUUUAUGGUUUUCUGGUCAUUCUACCCGACAACGAAUUACUUGUUAACUACGAUCAUGGAAUUAAUAGAUAGGUAAUCAUACCCUCAAUAUCUCAAAAGCACCUAAGUUUUAUCAAUUUUAUGAGUAGGGAUAAUUUUAUGAGUAGGGAUAAUUUUUAGUAAGGAUUAAUCAUAUAGUAUAUCUUUUUAUUAUUAUGAUAG